UUGUGUUUAUAAAAUUUGAAAGUAACCUCUUGUGUGUGUUGUUCACUCAAAACAUUUUGUUGCUUAACAACACUGCUUGUCGCAAGGUUGCCAGAUCGCCGCAAACUUGAAAUCGAAACCGUGAUCUGGCUUAAAAGAAAUUACCGAAAAGAACGCAACAAGCUAAGCUCUGGGCAGAGAAAAGUGGCACAUACCAAACACGAAACGAGCACACAGCAGCAAGCGAUAAAACAUUGAGUUAAACCAACAGUUCGCAGUUUUCCUUAUUAACCAACUGCGUGCACAGAAUUUGUGAAAAGAGAAAGUUUCAAUUGGCUGUCGACUCGACUCGAUUUGUUGACUGCUUACUCUGUGACAGCAGGGAGAACUUGCGCAUUGGCUAACAAAACGAACGAAAAAAUCAGUAAAUAAAAAGUUCAAGUUAUUAGCAUCUUACAGAAAAUGGGACAAAAGCGAACCCUGCAGCACAACAACAACAACAACUGCAGCAGCAGCACCAGCAGCAAUGGCACUAGCAAUAUUUGUGGCUCAGCUGCGGCCUCUGGCUAUGAGUCGAUCGUCGACUCGGGCUCCACAGCAGCCCCAACUAAGGUGAAGGCGCAUGGGCACAGCAAGAAAUAUUCGGAGCAGAACGCUUUGCCUGAGAAGAAAUCCGUUGUGGUCGCUUAUAUACUGUGGCUAGUCGGCGGCAUCUUUGGACUGCAUCAUUUGUAUUUGCAUCGCGAUCGUCAUGCCUUCCUCUGGUGGUGCUCGCUGGGCGGUUACAUGGGCAUUGGCUGGUUCAGCGAAAUAUUUCUCAUACCCGAAUACGUGCGUGACGCCAACGAGGAUCCGCAGUUUCUGAAAGUGUUUAUUGCCAAGCUGCACGCGUAUCCGCGUCCGCCGUACUCAUCCAAGCGCUUUAUGGGUCAAGUGAUGUUCGGAUAUCUGUUUGGCCAGCUGUUCAGCUCAGCCGUGCCGCAAACUCUCACCGCCGGCAUAGACUUUAGUUGGAUGCACUGGUUCAUACCGAUUUUCGUGUCGCUGGGCGUGUGGACCGUUGGCAACAUUGGACGAGAGUGCGGCAUUUGGUGGCCGUGCUACGUUGGCUCUUUGGUGGCCUAUCUGGCACGCUUCUACAUCUAUGAUGAGACCUAUUCACUGCUCUUGUCGGCGCUUGUGUCUGCACUGAUUUUCGACGGCUUCUCCAAAGAAUGGCGCCGUACACCACCGCGCAGGCGCGGUGCCACCGAACGCACAGUCAAGUUGGGCGCUGCCAUUUGCAUUUAUUUUGCAGUGUGGGGCUCUGUGGUGGUCUUCAAUGGCUCCAUUACCGACGAGGACGGCGGCGAAAUGCCCAUAUACGAGGCGUUGCAGAACUUCCUAGCCUCCGCCUGGUGGACCGACCUGAAGCAGGCCCUCCACGACACGUACAUAUAUGGGCAGCAUCACGGCUGGUACGAGACGUGGCGCGAGGUCUUCGAGAGCAUGGACGUGGAUGGGGAACGCAAUGCCUACAAGGUGCUGGGCGUGGGUGCCACUGCCUCGCAGGCCGAUAUCACGGCUGCUUACCGCAAGCUAUCGAAGGAGAACCAUCCCGACAAGGUCAAGGACGAGGCACUGCGUGAAGCUGCGCAUCAGCGCUUCAUUGAAAUCCAGCAGGCGUACAACGUGCUCAGCAAAAUCAAAUCGAGCCGCCGUCGCAAGAACAACAAAUACAACGAAGACGCUGCGAUUAAACUCUAAUCGCCGAGCUGCCCAAUCUCAGUUGAAGUCUGUUCAAAUUUAAGGCAUUUUUUUUCUUUCAAUCCUUCAAUAACAAUAAAGUAUUUAUUUUUAAUAUUAAUGCAUAGCAUAAUCUAAACCUUAGAUCUAGACGAGCGCAUGCAGCGGAGGCAACUCGUGCAGCGAUAUCUUUCGGCCUGACUAAUUGCAACGUGACGUGUCGACGUCGAGGCGAAGGCAAUUGCUGGUUGUAAUUAGAAACGUUUCUUGGCUUCCACAACUAACCCUACCCCCUCCUCUAUAUAUAUAUGUAUUAUUCUAAGUCAGCAGCAGCUUUUUGUCACCACAAUCCAAGUACUUUUUAUAGCUUGUCUAGGUCUACUUCUAAUGGAGUGUAGUCGACAUAUCUCUGUGUAAACAAGUUGAACUAAGAGACUAGAUUGAUAAUACC